AUGCCGACGAACCAGAAGAAAGAGCUUGUUGACUACGGUCCGUGCACUCGAGGUUCCACCUUUUAUCGCCUUGGAUGUCAAGAGUAUGAGAGGCAGACCGGCGAGGCUGAAGUCUUGAUUCAAGAAGUUUCUGUAGCCACACCGCGCAAAGUCAUAACUCCUUUGGCAAGAGCCCGGCAUCACAAUGGGCUCCAACAACUAGGAUCCCUUCCUUGGCGGUGUGCGAGGCGUAUCGGCAAGAUAAUCACAGAUUUGGUGGACGAGAAUGACCAAUUCAGAGAAGAGGGAGCCCGCUCGCGUUCUGCUCCAAUCAUCGCUGAUCUCGAAGCCCGUCUCAAAACCUCAAACGACCGCGUCGCUGAUCUUGAAGCACGCCUGAAAGCCUCAGAGGACCGCACCGCUGAAGCUGAGGCCAUUGUUGCUCAGGCCAAGACCUAUGCUGAUGCUCAUAUCGCUCGAUACACCUCUGACCUCGAAGCUCGCAAUGCGAAAAUGGUUGAGACGGUUGCAGAGACCGUUGAAAAGCUGAAGAGGGAUGCGGCCGCUCGGGUCGCCGCGGCUGAGUCUAACGCUCAAGACUGCAUUUAUGAUGCCAGAGACGAAGUUAAUUCUCAGAUCCGACAGUUGUCUCAGGACCUUGAUCGUCACGUUGACAUGCUUGGCCUUGCCCAAAAGAAGCGCUUUCCCGACAAAGACCUUCUAGUGCAUUGCUUAGACCAAAUGUUGGAGGAGCUCGUUGCGUUCCGAAAUGAUUGCGAUGAGGUUCUCGACAGCCGCUUACUAGGCGACGAUGAACCUGACUGGGGGCCUGUACCUGACGAGGAAGGUGGUGCUUUGCUCAACAGAACCUAUCGCAACUACUCUAAGGUCAUCGCACCUGUCAACACCGAAGAGCAGACCAACCAGUCAGAGGCCCCAGCCUCUCCCAACAGCGCAGACACUACCGAUGAGCAGGCCAACCGUGAGGAAAGUCCUCUUUUCAUAGAUGAUGGUCAUCAAAGCAAUGGGAGCGCCUGGUUCGUCGAUUCAAAGGAGGAAGACAUGGACUAUCAACUCGGAGCGUUCACUAACAGUGGUCACGCCGAUUUGUCUUCAUCUACCAAGCGAGCCAACGACUCCGAAGGCCAGGCUGGACACGGCGACAGGCGUCAGCGAACAAAGUAG